AUGUAUAAUGAGAUAGAGGGCAAUUAUGAUGACGUUGCCAUCAGUACCUUCAAGAGAGACCUGCUGACCGAUCACGGUUUAAGGAAAUCCCUGACGGGGAAACUGGUCACUAGCCUGUGCCAGCUCAUGGACCAAAUCGACAAGUAUAAGAGGGUAGGAGAGGGCCAACAGGUGGUUAAGGGUAAAGCGAAGGUUAUCCCUCAGGAGAUGAGGGAUUUCAGGUCAGACCGAUUUAGCAACAACAACCGGCCGAAAAGAGAUUACACGGAGCAACUUGGAUCUGCCGAUGCGCAGGCAGUCCAUGCUGUAUUCCGCGAUCUAUUACAUCAAAUUUUGGAGAAAAUCAGGAACAAACUAUUCUUCAAAUGGCCAAAUAGGAUGGUAGGUGACCCCACGAAACGCAACCAAAACCUAUACUGUCGAUACCACCAAGAACCAAGGCACACCACCGAUGACUAUAGAAACCUAAAAAACCACUUGGACCAGCUUGUCCAAGAGGGAAAGCUCAGUAAUCUCUUGCAUCAUUCUAGUCGCCGACAAGAACAGACGAACGUUGAGACACGGCAAGGCACCUUGAAACCGCCUAUUGGUACGAUAAAUGUCAUUCUCACUAUUCCAGGAAGAACCGGCUCCCAUCUUUUCAGAGUAAUGUCAGUGGCCCAACUCCCUGCUGAGGUUGACAAUCGUGAGUCUAAGAGGGCAAAGGGGAUGGCCUCACCCAUGCUGGGAUUCUCGGAUGAGGAUAAGGUCGGAACUAUCCAACCCCAUAACGAUGCUCUAAUCGUCACGCUCAGGAUUGGGGGAUAUGACGUGAAGAGAGUGUUAGUCGAUCAGGGCAGCAUUGUAGAGGUAAUGUACCCCGACCUGUACAAGGGGCUGAAGCUGAAACCUAAAGACCUAAUGGCAUACAACUCCCCUUUGGUAAGUUUCAAAGGGAAAACGGUUACUUUGAAAGGCCAGAUUAGACUGCCCACACAAACAGGCUCGGACAUAGUGGAGGUGGAUUUCAUAGUGGUCGAUGCAUACUCGCGCUACACCGCUAUUGUAAGUAGACCUUGGCUUCAUACUCUAGGGGCUGUUUCCUUUACCUUGCACCAAAAGGUGAAGUACCCGUCAGAGGGUCAGGUCAUAAAGGUGAUAGGAGAUCAAGCUGUGGCUCAGCAAUGCAUGGUGUCCGCCAUUUCAUAA